AUGUCCUUGCGAUGCUGGGCGGUCAUUUUGUUCGUCCAAGUGAUCGCGGAACGUGGCCGAAUCCAAGAGAAGGCGCUGGAGCUCGAUCCUGAAAGUGCAUCAAAGCGCUCCUGUCCACAGUGGGCGGCUUUGCAGCUAGUGCUGAAGAAGUUGGGCAUCGAUGAGCUUGAGGAUCCCUUCUUGGAUGGACGCAUCGAAUGGACUGGCUGCAAUGUGGAGAUGAUUGACCUGGCAAACCUGGCCAUCGAAGGCAGCCUGGACGAGCACAUGGGAGAGUUCAUUUCCUUGAAGAACUUGGAUCUUCACAAUACAAGAGUGUCUGGCGACCUGACAAGUCUUCAAGCCAUGACCCAGUUGAAAUUUCUCGACCUCGAGAACAGCAACGUUGCUGGAGACCUGUCUAGUCUGCGAAGCAUGACCGAGUUGCAGGGCGUCUAUCUCAGAAACAGCGGGGUGACGGGUGAUCUGUCAAGUAUCCGGAUGAUGACUCAGCUGAAGUAUCUGGAACUCGAGGAUGCACAGAUUGCCGGUGAUUUGGAAAGCCUCCACCAGCUGACCAGGCUGCAGAAACUGCAUCUGGGGAGUACUGAAGUGUCUGGUGACCUAUCAAGUCUCCAGCAUCUCACCCAGCUCCAGGAGCUUUUUCUGAGCAGCGCCGAAGUUGCUGGCGAACUGUCAAGUCUCAGCAGGUUGACCCAGCUGCGGAAGAUGUACCUGGGCAACACCAAGAUGGCCGGCAACCUAUCAGCUCUUCAGGCCAUGACACAGCUGGAGCAUCUUGAAGUCAGUGACACCAAAGUUCAAGGUGACCUCUCAAGCCUCCAAACCAUGACCCAGCUGAAGUACCUCGACCUUGGUAAUACCAAAGUUGCUGGCGAUUUGUUCAGCCUCCAUGACCUCAGGGAGCUAACUGCCAUUGACUUCACCAGCACAAAAGUGGCUGGUGAUCUUUCCCAUCUCCAGGCCAUUGCUAGGCUCGAGCAUCUCGACCUUGCCAAUACCAAUGUCGGGGGUGACCUGUCAAGUCUCCAGACGAGUACCCAGCUGGAGUAUCUCGACCUUGGUCAUUCGAAAGUGACGGGCGAUUUAUACGGUCUCCGCACCGUAACGCAACUGACAACUAUUGACCUCACCAACACAACCGUCGCUGGUGAUCUUUCACAUCUGCAGGCCAUCACUCCGCUCGAGUAUCUCGACCUUGCCGAAACCAAUGUCGCGGGUGACCUGUCCAGCCUCCAUCGAAUGAACAAGCUGGAGAGGCUCUAUCUGGAUGGCACUGAAGUUGUCGGUGACCUGUCGAGCCUGGAAACCCUGACAGAGCUGCAGGAGCUCUUUCUCAACAGCACCGCAGUCACCGGCGACUUGUCGAACCUACAGGCCCUUUCCAAACUGCAGGAACUUUCGCUUAGCAACACCAACAUCGCCGGUGACCUAUCAAGCCUCCAAACUUGCACUCAGCUGCAGAAGCUUUAUGUGGAACGCGUUGAAGUUGCAGGUGACGUGUCAAGUCUGCAGACCCUCACCAAGCUGCAGGAGCUGUUUCUCAGCAACACCAAGGUCGACGGUGACCUCUCAAGUCACUACAGUAUGGGUUGA